AUGACGUCUGACACUGAGCAGGAUGCAGCGGCAAAAUUGGACCAGGAGCGGGCUGAGAUAGUCGCCAAAUAUGAUAAGGGAAAAGAGGCAACUGUGGAGCCCUGGGAGGACACAAACUUCCACCUGUACAAAGUCAUCGACCGCUUCGGCUUCGUCCAUGAAAAUGAGCUUCCAUCCUACGACUCAGUGGAGGAGAAGCAAAAACACAAUGAAGUGGAGAGGACGGGCAAAUGGCUGAAGAUGCUGAAAAGCUGGGAUAAAUACAAGAACAGUGAGAAGCUGGUCAGGAGGAUUUACAAAGGGAUUCCUUUGCAGCUCAGAGGGGAGGUGUGGUGUCUUCUCCUCGAUGUGCCCAAAAUAAAGGAAGAGAAGAAAGACUUCUAUGAGAAGCUGAAGGCCAGAGCCAGAGGACUGUCGCCCGACAUCCGGCAGAUAGAUCUGGACGUCAACAGGACUUACAGAGAUCACAUCAUGUUCAUGCACCGCUAUGAUGUCAAACAGCAAGCACUCUUUCAUGUCCUUACUGCUUACUCCAUCUAUAACACAGAAGUGGGCUACUGUCAGGGUAUGAGUCAGAUCACUGCUUUACUCCUCAUCUAUAUGAACGAAGAGGAUGCUUUCUGGGCUCUGGUCAGACUCCUCUCAGGCCAGAGGCAUGCCAUGCACGGCUUCUUUGUUCCCGGCUUUCCAAAGUUGAUGCGUUUCCAAGAACACCACGACCGCAUCUUGAAGAAAAUGAUGUUGAAGCUCAAACAACACUUGGAUGCUCAAGAAGUUUUUACCAGCCUCUACACAAUGAAGUGGUUUUUCCAGUGCUUCCUGGAUAGAACGCCGUUCACUCUUACACUUAGGAUCUGGGACAUAUACAUUUUGCAGGGUGAGAGAGUGCUGCCCGCCAUGUCCUACACUGUCCUCAAACUGCACAAAAAACACUUAUUGAAGUUGUCCAUGGAAGAGCUGGUGGAGUUUCUCCAGGUGUCUCUGGCCAAGAAUUUCUACUAUGAGGACGACGUUGUGAUUGAGCAGCUGCAGGUGUCCAUGACUGAGCUCAGGAGAGCAAAGCUGGAACUACCAGCACCAGGUAAAGAGGAUGAGUUCCCCCUAAAACCUCUCGGUCAGCUUCCUCCUUUGGGGUCAGAAUCUGUCAUGAACCAUUUAGUGAAUGGACAAAACCACGCUGAGCUUGCAGAGCUUUCAGAGCUUCCAUCGCUUUCGAGAGACCCGAGUCCUGCUCCGGAGCGUCAAGUGGAAAGUCGGCCACCAAGUCGUGUCCGCAGAGACUCACUGGAUAAACCCAUCCGGCACAACAAGGCUGACCGGAGAGAUGCCAGUUCCAGAGCGUCAGGAGAGAUUGCCAGUGAACAGCAGAAGGCUGGCCCACCUGAAAGGCAGCCAACUCCACCCACUGCUCUCUCUGCACCUCCUCAGAACCCUGGGCCACGAGUUGCAAUCACAGAAGAAGGGAAAAAUAACGCCUCAGCCAACCACAACUCCAAUGCAGCCCCCAGCUCUCGUCGAGACAUUGGUCCCCGCUGGUUCAAACCCUCAGAGACUAAACUAGAGGCUGCAAAGGUCGCAGCAGCUCGGGAGCGACAGAGCAGAGGAACAUCUCCUGCUCCAUCAAGUCCAGAGGACGCUGCGCUGGCCCACAGACGGCCACGCUCCAAAGGCUUUGUUCCCGGCUCGAACAGAGGCUCUAACGCCUCACAGUAUGACAAUGUACCUGGUUUACCUGAGCAGGACUUUGAAAUCCUGGAGCUGGAGAGGCCUCCAUCGAGAAUAAGAAAUGUUCGUGCAGAGACACCUAUAAGAGCCUCGCCAAGUCAUCGUGGAAGUCCAUUACGAGGACCUAGUUCGGCUGGAAGUAUUGUGUCUGUAGCUUCAGGGCCCAGAGGAACCAUGCACUCAUUAUCACAUCAGUUUCCUCAUCAUUCCCCAGGGGGGAUCCAGGGCAGUUAUCCCAGUGCCCACUAUGGUAUGUCUCCUCACCAGCAAGCACUGGGAAGAACCAAAACUGAAGUUCCUAUUUUUCAUCCAGUCCAUCAUAAUAUGAAUCAGGAUCAGAGAGGGGAGGCCCUACGCUAUGCAAUGCCCUCUCGAUUCACCCCCUCCCCCACUAAGAUGCAUGGGGACCGAGCAUACGCCACCACACAGAGGCAUUCAAACAGUAACUCUCCAGACAAAUUCAUGAACAACUCCUUUGCUACCUACCGCAGGCAGCCUCCACCCAACUCCAGCCAUCACUCCUGCACCCCUCAGCCCCCGCAAGAAUACCCCCUGCAGCUGGAGACCUCAGGGACCUCCACUCCCAUUUACCUCCAGCAGCUCACCUCCACUGCACCUGCCUUCACACCAGUUGGUCUGCGCAGAAUGGAGCCCAGCUUACACUAUCGAGAUGACAGACAGAUAGUUAUGGAUGACGCUCCAUGGGCCGAGGGGGAGCUCCCCCUGCUCUCUCCCGGUGGGAUGCCUCGCUCGCCCAGUUUCCAGAAAGCUCAGAUGUUUCCUGUGCAGGAGUUUAGCUUUCCUGCCAACAACUUCCAUCAGUUCAGAACACAGUUUCACGAGCAACAGCCUGUGAUAAGACAACAGCUCCCCCAGCUGUUUGUAGGACCACAUUACAGAAAUGCCCAUGAGGCGUUUGCCAUUCAGGACUCCAUGCUGCUUUGA